UAAAGCCUUAUACAUUCCUCCCUUUGCUUUCUCUGUUCAGCCUCUUAAAAACACUUUAUCUGAACCAGCAAUGUCCAUCUCCAAAAAAUAAAAAAUCUCCUUUCCCUUUUUCGAUUCUUUCCUCGGCAUCUUUUUAUUAACCCUCAACAUAGCUACACUUUCCUUCCAGUUUCUUUUGAUUCUCUGCCAAUCCCUACUUAGAAAGCACCCCUCUUUAUUGUUUCGUCUUUAUUCUUAUUCCCUCUUAUAACACAUACUUGAAAUUGAGUUUCAGUUGGUCACGAGAUAUGGGGUUAUCAGGGAAGCCACAAGUCGAUGGCGGGCUAGAAGCGGAAGGCAAAAGAUGGGUUGUUGCUGGAAUUCCUAUGCGGGCUCCUUUGAAGCCGAUAUACACGAGGUCCGGGGGGAGAGAAGUGGAUAAUAAUGGCGAUGAUGAAGAGUGUUCGACGACUCCUACAAGUCACGAGGCAAGAAUUCCGGCGAAGCUGGCUUGUCCGCCUGCUCCUCGGAAGAGAAAGUCUUCUUUGAAGUGUAAUUAUCGUGGCGUUCGAGAGUUCUUUACUCCUCCAGAUUUGGAAACUGUUUUCAAACUCCAUGUUGAAAGGGCUAAUUGAACGUCCUGGGAGGCUUUAAUCUGACUCCUGUCACUGAACCAUAAAAAGUCUAACGCACGGUUGAUUUUCUUUGUCAGAGGCCCAUAAAACCACGGCUUUAUAUGACUUUGCAUGGUUAAUUCUUCUUUCCUGUGUACUCCAACUUGUGUUUUUCUCCUUUGUUUUAGGCUUUUCGCAGCGGCUAGCUAGGCGUUGAUGUACAGCGUUAAUUUAUAGAUAAAUAAAAUGGCAUUUUAGCUGCUUUAUUAUAA